UCUUGAUCACUAAAAUGUUUAUUAUUUUAAAGCGUUUCUACUACACGGAUUUAAUAACAACAUGGAAAAGCUAGUGUAUAUGAGUGGAUUUGGGAAUGAGUUUUCUAGUGAGGAUCCCAGAUGUCCAGGGUCUCUACCUGUAGGACAGAACAAUCCCCAGAAAUGUCCGUAUGGACUCUAUGCAGAACAGUUGUCAGGGAGCGCAUUUACAGCCCCGAGAGAAACCAACAAAAGAAGCUGGUUGUACAGAAUCCGUCCGUCUGUUUUACAUCAACCGUUCAAAAAGAUGGAACGAGGAUUAAUCACACACAACUGGGAUGAAGCUGACCCCAUUCCAAAUCAGAUUAGGUGGCAUCCAUUUGACUUACCAAAGAAGAAACUGGACUUCGUCCAAGGAUUGACUACCAUCUGUGGAGCAGGGGAGCCCAGGACUAGACACGGUGUAUCUAUAUAUGUAUACACCUGUAAUACUUCAAUGUCAGACAGUUGCCUGUACAAUUCAGAUGGGGACUUUCUUAUAGUUCCACAACAAGGCCCCCUUCUUAUUACAACAGAGUUUGGGAAAAUGAAAGUAGACCCCAAUGAAAUUUGUGUCAUACAGCAAGGCAUGCGGUUCAAAGUGGAUGUUGAGGGGCCCACAAGGGGGUAUAUUCUGGAGAUUUUUGAUGGUCAUUUUACUCUCCCUAACCUUGGGCCCAUAGGAGCUAAUGGGCUGGCUAACCCACGAGAUUUCCAGACACCUAUAGCCUGGUACGAAGAUAAGGAAGUCAAAGAAUUCACAGUCAUCAGUAAAUACCAAGGUCACCUGUUCUCAGCUCAACAGACCCAUUCCCCGUUUGAUGUGGUGGCCUGGCACGGGAAUUAUGCACCCUACAAGUACAACCUCAGUAAUUUUGUUACUGUCAAUACAGUGUCAGUAGAUCAUAUGGAUCCCUCCAUUUUCACCGUACUGACGUGUCAAUCCACUAAGCCAGGCGUGGCCAUUGCAGAUUUCGUUAUUUUUCCUCCUCGAUGGGGCGUGGCAGACAAAACGUUCAGACCACCCUACUACCACAGAAACUGUAUGAGUGAAUUCAUGGGCCUUAUUUAUGGGUCUUACGAGGCGAAGGAGGAGGGCUUUCGUCCAGGUGGUGCCACGCUUCACAGCAUGAUGACCCCCCACGGUCCGGAUGCCGACUGUUUCCAGAAAGCCUCCAACUGUGAACUCCAACCACAGAGGGUCGCAGAGGGGACUAUGGCUUUCAUGUUUGAGUCAUCACUCAGCAUGGCAAUAACAAAAUGGGCCAAUGAAAACAAAGUGGAUGACAAAUACUUCACCUGCUGGCAGCCAAUUAAAAAACACUUCACUGGUAAACUGGGCAACGGCAAAACAGCUGAUGUAGAUGGCCAAAGUCAAGCAAAGAAGAAAAAGACACACUGAUAUCUGAUCUGAGAGUCCUAACAUAAUAAUCA